AUGGUGCUGUCCUGGUCCUUGGACAAGUUGGGGCCGCUUUGCCUGACUGCCGACGACUGUGGCAUCGUGCUGGAAGCCAUCGCAGGCGCGGAUGCCGAUGACCCCUCUACAAGCGAUAGACCAUAUCGGUAUGACAUUUACGCUUCAACAGGACGCAGGUUCAAGCUGGCGGUGAUCAAAGAUGUCACGGAGGGGGCGCAGGCGGAGGUCGCCGCGAAUUUCGAGCGGGCGUUGCAAGCGCUGGAGGAUGUCGCGGACAUCGAGGAGAUAGAGUUCCCGGAGAUGCCAUACGAGGCGGUUACGCGGACUAUUCUGAACGCAGAGUCGGCGAGCGCGUUCGAGGAGUUCAUCGAGAGCGGCGGAGACUACAUACGGGCGCUGAGGAUACGCGGCAAAGUGGCGCGCAUCGCGGACGAAGUUAUGGCAGGGUAUGAUGCGGUAGUGGGACCGACACGGCCAGUUACGGCGACGCCGAUUGAUCAGGACUUCCGUGGAGUGGUGGCAGGCACGGCUCGCGACACCAUGGGCGCAGUAGGGAACAGCGCGGGAUUGCCCGCAAUAAGCGUUCCGAGCGGCUUCUCUGACGAGGGGCUGCCAACUGGAGUGCAGUUCAUGGGGCGGGCAUACGAUGAGAAUCGCAUACUGGCGGUGGCGCGGGCGUAUCAGUCAAUGACCGACUGGCAUACGCAACAUCCGCCGGGGCUUACUGCCUAG